UUUUCUCAUUAAACUUACCUAUAAAUAUCCAAACAUCAGUCAGCUUCUAUAGUUGCAGCCUGAUCAGUAAACCAGUCAACCAGCCAGUCCAUCAGUCAAUAUGUCCAUGAAGAUCGUGUCCAUCGCUCUCCUCCUGGUCUCUGUGUGUCUGUGCACACCAGCGGAGCCCCUCUCAGCGCGGCACAUCGCCAGAGGCAUAGUCCCUCUGUGUUGCACCAAGGUCUCCUCUGCUGAUGUCAGUGCACAGGUGACUGGACAGCCCCACCAUCAAAAAGCUCAAGGAUCAUGUGUGGAAGCUCUGAUUUUCUCUACGCCCAAAGGAAAGGUCUGUGUGGAUCCUAAAGCUCCAUGGGUCCAGGACUUCAAGAAGAAGUGAAGUGCCGCUAUCUGAGCAAGAACUUUCUCCUGCUGCUGUUCGACUCUCCACACACACACACACACACACACACACACACUUUCUGUAACAAUCCCUCUAUGCUUUCAGCUGAACGCAAACAUAUCCAGUAUAUAUGUGUACAUGUGCAUUAAAUAAAUACAUGUCAAACCUAA